AUGGAGUCGUUGGAGCAGUCUGAGGCGCAGCGUCGCUUGCUGCUGCGCUAUUGUUUUAGGCAGAGCUGCAAUCAGCUGGUGUUGCAGCAACGCUCGCAGCGCUUGCACAUGAAGAAGCCGCUGCCAACGUUGCCUGCAUCGCUGCGUCGACUGCGCAGCGGCUCACUGGGGCAAAAGUCAUUGCCGGAACGUGUAUUGCUCACAGGCAAAAAGCUGCCACGCCUGCAAUCGUUGCUGGGCGAGCCAGAGCAGCCGGAGGAGCAGCUGGACGAGUGUGUGCUGAAUGCGCUGAAGUACGAACGUGAUAUGGAUGCAUUGCGCGCUGUAUUCGAGACGGCCAUCAAGCAGCUGGACGAUGAGCACGAUGAGCCAGAUGCGCUGCAGGCGGCGAUUAGUGCAUUGAGUGGCAGCAACAGCGAGGCGGCAGUGGCGGCCAAUGAGCUGCAGCAGUCCAAGGACGAGCUGAAGCAGCUGCAGGCGCAGCUGGAGCAACUGAAUCUGGACAGUGUCAGCAAGCUGCAGGCUAUGGACGAGCGCCUGGCCGAUGCCAAGUAUAAUCUGCGCUGUGUAUCGCGUGUCAAUGAGCUGGAAUUUCAUCUGGUCGAGCGCUGGGAGGCAGCGCGUGAAACUCAGGCGCGCAUCUGGGGCGACAAUGCGGAGCGCGCUUAUCUGCGUGACAUUCUCGACUAUAAGCAGCGCUUGGCGCAUGAGCAGCGUGUCAGCAAGGAGCUGCAGACGUUUCGCAGUCACGAGUUCGAUGAUCUCAGGCGACGCAUCAAGCAGGCACAGCAGCGUUACGCCAGCGAUCUGAAGCGUGUGGAGCGCGAAACUGAAGCCUGGGAGCUGCGCAUACUGGAGCAGCGCAAGCUGCUGGCCAGCAAUCGCGAGAUCUACGAGCAGCGACAGCAGUUCGUCAACGAGUAUCAUGCCAAGAAGGCGGAGGAGGAGCGUCAGCAGAAUCUGCAAGUGCAUCGCAUGGAGAGCGCCAUCAAGUUGCAGGCUUGGUGGCGCGGCACGAUGGUGCGACGUGGCCUGGGGCCGUUCAAGAAGAAGCCGAAGCGCGGCAAGCGCAACAAGGCUAAGAAAUAGAUAAAUA